AUGUCGGCAGAGGAAUUCAAGAAACAAGGUAACGAAGCGUUCAUCGCCAAGGACUUCGAGAAGGCGAUUGAACUUUUCACGAAAGGUAUCGAAGCAUCAGAGUCGCCAAAUCAUGUGCUGUUCUCUAACAGAUCAGCAUGUUACAGUUCGAUCAAAAAAUUCAAUGAGGCGUUACAGGACGCUAGUGAGUGCGUGAAAAUCAAUCCUGGUUGGUCCAAGGGUUAUAACAGAGUUGGUGCGGCGCAAUUGGGUCUGGGUCAUUUGGAAGAAGCCGAAAAAAGCUACCAAAAGGCUCUCGAACUUGAUUCAUCCAAUAAAGCUGCCCAGGCUGGUUUAAACCAGGUCUUGCAGACUCAGCAGGCUAGACAACAACAGUCGGCACCAGAUCUGGGGUUUGGUCAAAUGUUUAACGAUCCAAACAUGAUUGAAAAAUUGAAGAACAACCCCAAGACGGCUGAGUUGAUGAAAGAUCCCCAAUUGGUUGCCAAAGUUUUGCAAUUUAGAUCGAACCCGUCGGCUAUGAGCCAGGAGAUUCUCAAAGACCCGAGAAUGAUGACCAUUAUGGCCGCGUUGCUUGGGAUUGAUCUCAGUAUGGGGGGCGAGGACGCCGCGGAAGGAACUCCAAAAGAAGCUCCAAAAGAAGCUCCAAAAGACGCUAAUGAAGCUCCAAGAGCCGCUUCUGAAGCCUCAAAGAAGGAGGAGAAAGUCGAGGAAGAACCUCAGCCGAUGGAGGUUGAUGAAACCGCUCAAGAAACAGAUUCUAGAGCCGAAGCCGACAAGGAAAAGGCCCAAGGAAAUGCUUAUUACAAAGCUCGCAAAUUCGAUGAAGCCAUUGAGCACUACGAUAAGGCUUGGCAACUGCAUAAGGAUAUCACCUACUUAAACAACCGUUCUGCGGCCGAGUACGAAAAGGGAGACUACGAAGUGGCCAUAAAGACCCUUACAGAAGCCGUUGAUCAAGGCAGAGAACUAAGAGCGGAUUAUACUAUUAUUGCGAAAUCAUUUGCUCGUAUUGGUAACGCUUAUCACAAAUUGGGUGAACUCAAGAAAGCUACCGAGUUCUAUCAAAAAUCUUUGACGGAACAUCGUACUCCAGACAUCCUGACGAAACUCAGAAACUGUGAAAAAGAACUUAAGAAGCGUGACCAAGAGGCCUACGUCGAUCCCGCCAAAGCAGAAGAAGCUCGUUUGCAAGGCAAAGAACUCUUCACGAAAGGUGACUGGCCCGGUGCCGUUGAGGCUUAUGGUGAAAUGAUCAAAAGAGCUCCUGAGGAUGCUCGUGGUUACUCCAACAGAGCUGCCGCUCUUUCAAAGUUGAUGUCUUUCCCUGACGCUAUCAAAGAUUGCGAUCUCGCUAUCUCUAAAGACCCAACUUUUGUAAGGGCAUACAUCAGAAAGGCUAGUGCUCAAAUUGCCGUCAAAGAGUUUGCUGCUGCCAUUGAAACUUUGAAUGAAGCUCGUACUAAGGAUGCCGAGGUUAAUAAUGGUGCUAACACCAGAGAAAUUGACCAAUUGUUUGUGAAGGCAUCUCAACAGAGAUUCAAAUCAGAUGACCCCAAUGAAACGCCAGAACAGACUUACGCAAGAGCGAUGAAAGACCCUGAAGUUGCGGCCAUUAUGCAAGAUCCAGUCAUGCAAAGCAUUUUAUCGCAAGCUCAGCAAAAUCCAGCUGCUUUGCAGGAACACAUGAAGAACCCAGACGUUUUUAACAAGAUCCAAACCUUGAUUGCCGCUGGUAUUAUCCGUAGCAGGUAA